AUGUGGGGUGUUGGUGUGGUUGGUUUGUUUGUUUUGGGGGUGAGGGGGAUUGAUUAUUUUGUGGGGGGGUGGGGUGGUGGUUGGGGGGGGGGUGGGUGGUGGGGGGGGGGGGUGUGUAGGGUGGGGGAGUGGGUGGGGUUUGUGUGGUGUGGGUUGUGGGGGUGUUGGGGGGGGGUGGGGUGGUGGGGGGGGGUGGGUGUGAGGUGUGUUGGGUUUAUUGGGUGGGUGUUGUGGGGGUGGGUUUUGGGGUGGAUUUUUGGGUUGAGGUGGGGUUUUGGGUGUGGGGUUUGUGGGUUUGUGGGUGGUGAGUGGGGUUGUUGGGGGUUUUUUGGUUGUGUGUAUGGUGGGUUGUGGGGGGUUGGUGGUUGUGGGGGGGGGUGUAUUUUGGUUGGUGGUUGGGGGGGUGGGUGGUUUGUGUUGUGUGGGAUUGGGUAUUGGGGUGGUGUUUUGGGGGUGGGUUUGUGUUUAGGUGGUGGGGGGGGGUUUGGGUUGUUGGGGGUUGUUUUGUGGGGGUUGAUGGGAGAAGGGGGGUGGGGGUGUGGUGUGGUUGUUGUUUGGUGUUUGGGGGGGGGGUGUUUGGGUUUGGGUGUGUGGUUGGGUGUUUGGGGGGGGGGGGGGGGGUUUUGUGGGGUGUGGGGGGUGGGGUUGUUGUUGUAG